CGGACUGCUGUCAACCGCAGCGGGCAGCGGUCUAGUUGUAAUAAUGUACAGUGAUCGCGGCGGACAAAAAUUAUUAUUAUAAAAUUGUAUGCAAUAUUAUAUACUAUGGCAGACGAAACUAAAAAAUUAAUAAAUCUCGUUCGUAACUAUGUGUAUUUAUAUGACACCAGUCAUUGUGAUUAUAAAAACAUAGUAAGAAAAGCAGAGAAGUGGAAUGAAAUUGCCGGGAUACUCAACCUUUCAAGUAAGUAAAAAUAAUUAUCAAAUUAUGAAUAUUAUCAAAAAAAAAAAAAAAUAAAGUAGAAAACGUUUUGUUUAGUUUUUCAUUAGUUUAUUAAGUAACAAUAUAAUUAUUAUUAUUACUAUUACUAUUAUUUGGGAAAAAAACUAAAAGUGAUACAAUUUUGAAAUGUAUCUAAGACAUGAUUAUGAAUUAAUCAAUAGUUUAGUUAUGUAAAUAAUUGAAAUAAUUAAGGAAGUUUUCUCUAACAGAAGUGACUGCAUUACUAGAUCUCUCUCUUACUCGUUAAGUGUUUGAAAACGCGCUAUCUGCAGACGAAAUACUCUCUUCUUCCAACUCAUCUGUUGUGGCUAUUGUUGAGGUAAUUCUAAGAUAAUUGUGUAAACAACAAGCUGCCUUGACGACAUGUUCUGCAGCAUCUACAUCCAAUUUCUCUAUUGGUCUAAAAAAAACUCGCUACUUUUAGGCUAAAAUACCAAAGGCAUUUUCGACUACACGCCGUGCUCUACUAAGUCGCUUAUUGAACACUUUUUUUGCUUCGUCUUAUGCAACUACAGCUCUAGGAAAGGGGCGCAUUUAAAAAGUUUCGAGAUUAAAACCUUCAUCUCCGACGAAAACAUGAGGGACAGGGGUGUGGUUGUUCCAGGUAAAGGUUUUGGUGGUAAAAUAGUUUUGCCACGUACGAGAACUCACGAUAAAAUGAUGAAUUUUCAAAAAUACUACUAUCACUAUGACGACCAUAACUGCCAAUAUCAAUAAUUAAAAACUUGUAAUCGGGAUUUACUAUGCCAAGCAGAGCUAUUGAAAAAAAAUGUUUGUAGUAAAAAAAAUUUGACCCGGUCUUAGGAGGACAUUUUAUUCUUAUAUGCUUUCCAUCUAUGCUACCUAUACAGUUAGGAAAAUUCCAUCGCUCUCUGAAUCCAAUUUCUGAUUGUUUCCAAACUUCUUCUAUAGGUGUAGCCAAAUAUAGUGGUUGUAAAACAUUCCAUAGCUCUACACAUACUUCUUUCACAAUACUAGAAACAGUAGUGCGUCCGACUUAGAAAGAAAAUGCUAUUGUGUGGUGCGAUCCUCCUGUUGCCAAAUAUCUGAAAUAAUAAGUAGAGUCAAAUAGAUGGUUCAAAGUCAGGAGCAGGAGCAGGGAGCAGGAGUCAUCCACCUAUUCAUCGACCUAUUUAGCCACGGCCCCUUUAUUUAUUUUUUUUCAAAUUUUAUCUUUUGCCAUCCACCAAGUAGACGACCUAUUUUGACCACGCCCACUUUUUUUAUUUAUUAACAUUAUUUUUUUUUCUCGAAUAUUAUUUUCUAUACCUAUGGAAAUAUGGAUCGCUUACGCGAAGUCGUCGCCCCUCCCCAUACCCACCACUAUACAUGCACAUACAUACUAUCACCGCACAAGUGUUCGCAGCUAUUAUCAGUUAUCAUAAUCAUUAUCANUUACCACUAACAUUAUCACAUAUAGGUACUCGAAAACAAUAAUUAUCAAAUAUUAUUUUUAUUAUCGUCCGCGUCUUCGAACGUCGAGUCGGUAUAUAAUAUAACUAGCUGAAUUACCCGGCGUUGCCCGGAAAAAUAAUUAUACGACACUUGCCCGUAAAUGAGGCGCAUGUGAGACGGUGCUAUACAUGUGACACGAAAGUGAAUAAAAACAACAUGAACCGUCUCCCUCCACAUGCAAAGCACGGUGAGGUACCAUGACACCACGAACGUCGAUGAUCUCCAUGUGUUUACGGGCACCGUAUAUUAUAACAAAAAUGUAUAAUAAAAUAAUAUAAAAUUAUUAUUGUAAAUAUUUUAGAUGUUACGCGUGUCCGAACUACCGGUAGUACGGAGUGCAAACGAAAUGAACGUGUUAAGUGUAUACGCAUCGUGGCAAGGCAAUGGAGAGAUAACUAAUAAAUAGUAUUGGUUUAUGUUAUCGGUGUGCAUUUUAAUUUAAUCGUUCAUUAUAAUAAAAUAGGAUUAUUGGUGUACGCGCGAUGCAUGAGAUUAUUUUUAUCGAUAAACUUCUCGGAACAAUUAUUCGUAUCUACACGACGACGAACAAAAAGGAUAGGUUGCAGGUAGCUGGAGACCCGCGGACCGCUGUGCCGCACAAUACGUAAUUGGCGGUGAAUAAUUAUAAUUGUUAAUUACUCCACUAAAACGCAACAUUUUUGAAAAUCCCUCCUCAUGGCACGGUGAAAAUAUGAGAAGAACCUAUAUUCCAAAUUUCAAGUCCGUACGUUACGUAGUUUUCGAGAUACAGCGAUCAGUCAGUCAGUGGUAUUUGAAUUUUAUAUGUAUAGAUAGAUACAUAUCAGAUGUUUUCAUCGGCCGGUCGCCGAGUGUUAAUGUCGCGUGUGCCAGUAUUAAAAUCUGUUUGAUGAUUUACCGCCCGAGUCGAAAAUGACGAUAAGUCGUUUUCUACGUAAUCAAAAUAAUAGCUCUACGAGUAAUAAUUAUGUCAAUUUUUAUUAUACUGGACCUAAAUUGUAUCCGUUAUGGAUAUAUUCGCGUAUAUACGAUGGGACCUUUUGAUGUAUGUGCUCAAAGACAAUAACACCUAACCGCCCGCGGGUCCCUCAUCGCCCAACCUACUAAAUCUACCCGCUUGCGGUCCCUCAUCACCCGAACAUCCGUGAAUUAUUCGAUAGUCGACAUUUACCUAUAGAAAUUUAUGAUAAAGACGUAUAAUCCGAUAAUUGACAUAUAUAAUACAUCCCUGAUCACGAAUAUCGGUCAGUAGUAUUUUUUCUACACACACGUAUACACCUUGUCCUCUAUAAUAUUUUAUUUUCCGCCGUUUUUGUAAGAGCGAUAAUUGUUUCAGUUUUUAUAGAACUUGUUAUAUUUUUUGUCAUAAAUUUUUAUUUCGAUAUAAAAAUGAAUACAUUCACAUGUACAUUCGUCGGUUGUACUAAAGUUUUUUCCUUGAACCGUAAUAUGAUACGCCACGCUAAAGCCCACGAAGGUGUAAAAUUUCAGUGCGCACUAUGUCUAAAAAUGUUUUCACGACAAGACAGUUGGGCUACCCACGUUAAAAUUGUUCACCACGAAGGAAGAGUCGCCGCACCGGCUUUCACCCCUCAGGCCGGACCGUCAACCGCCCCGCAGAAUACUGUAGCCCCGACACCUGUCGCCGGCUCAUCGAAAACACAAUGGACAACGGACGAGGAGGACGAUAAACUUUUUAUGGACUUUGAUAUGGACAUUGACAACAGUAAAUUUUUUUUAUUUUACCCCGCCACAUAAAUAGUAUUAUAGGUAGUUUUAAUUUUAUUAUUCGCGUAACAUAAUAUUUCUCGAUCGAGUCAUUUAUUAUAUUUUAUAUUAGUUUUUGGAAUUAUUUUAUUUUUCUUCUCUAUUUUUAUAUCCAUUUUUGAUAGACCCGUAUGAAGAAUCAAAUUUUACUUAGGUUUUUUUUUUCUGAUAGUAACGAAACGUAAGAACGUCGAAACUGCUGCGAAGGUUAAGAAAGCUAGGUUGGAGUUAGUUAAUUCACCUGGAUUCACGGAAAUCUAUUCUUCUCACUCGAGGAAGAUCGUCUGGUAUUAUACCAAAAACUGGAAGUCACAUAUUAUAAACCACAAAUACAGAAUUCAACCGAGAAUAGAGCUUUUAAGACCUCAACCAGGUCAAUAUUUUUCGACAGCGAGAUUGAAGACUAAGUUGAAGAAAAAUUCAGUAAAUUGUUAAAGGAGGAGGAAACGUACCAAGGACGGGGUAGCGGCUUUUCGGUACAGAGUAUAGACGGUCUAUUAGGUGUAUAUAAAUAUACACCUAUGGGAGGCUCUUCGUAUAUUCCGCUACCUAACGAUAUUAUGAAUAAACGAGCUAUAAUCAACCCGCAAAAUACUGACGAGAAAUGUUUUAAAUGGGCGAUUAUAGCGAAGCACGUUACAGGAAUAAAUACAGAACGGGUCAACGAAAAUUACACUGUACAUGAGACGAAGUAUAAUUUUAAUAAUUUAUCUUUUCUGACACCGCUUGAUGAAGUGAAAAAAUUCAAGAAAAAUAAUAUCAAUGUUUCCGUCAACGUUUAUGGACUGAAGAAAGAAGAAAAAAAUAAAACUGAAUACUGUAUUUCCAUUGAAAGUGGUUGAGGAUGAGAAAGACGAUAAUUUCGACCUACUCUUAAAAACUAUAAUUAAUAAAUCGCACUAUACAUAUAUCACAAAUUUUUCCCGGCUCGUUCGAUCGCAAAAAACUCUUUGCGCGAAUCAAGUGAUUUUCUGUAAACGGUGUUUCACCUCGUUCUACAAUCAAAAACUUAGAAAUAAUUUGUGUGGACAAGAAGCGCUUGAUCAACAUUAAUCGAUAUGUGGAGCACACAAACCCAUUUUACCAUCUCUUCCACCAGCGGAUACUACAUUGUGUUUCGAGGCUUGGAGCAAAACACAGCGCCAACCAUUCGUUAUCUAUACCGAUUUCGAAGCGAUUUUGGAACCGGGGGAUGAUAAGCGGGGGAUGAAUACCACAGUGGUUGGUCACCGCGAACCCAUAGCUCAUGGGUUUGUGGUGAAAGCCUCGUAUGACGUUAGUAGUAUAAAAUAGAUGGUUCUUACUCAGGAGCAAGGAGCAAGGAGCAAGAGGGAGCAAGGAGCAAUACUUUAACACGGCCGCCCGAUUUGUCCACCACGUACUCGACGUAUUUAGACCACGCCCACUUUUUUUAUUUAUUAACAUUAUUUUUUUUCUCGAAUAAUAUUUUCUAUACCUAUUGGAUCGCUUACGCGAAGCCGCCGCCCCAACCCCAUAACCACCACUAUACAUGCACAUACAUACUAUCACCGCAAAGUGUUCGCAGCUAUUAUCAUAUUCAUUAUCAGUUACCACUAACAUUAUGACAUAUAGGUACUCGAAAACAAUAAUUAUCUCGAUUUUUAUUAUCGUCCGCGUCUUCGAACGUCGAGUCGGUAUACAAUAUAAUACAUACCAGAUGUUUUCAUCGGUCGGUCGCCGAGUGUUAUUGUCGCGUAUGUUAGUAUUAAUAUCUGUUUGAUGAUUUACCACCCGAGUCGAAAAUGACGAUACGACCUUUUCUACGUAAUCAAAAUAAUACGAGUAAUAAUUAUCUCGAUUUUUAUUAUACUGGACCUAAAUUGUAUCCGUUAUGGAUAAUAUACGCGUAUAUACGAUAAGACCUUUUCAUGUAUGUGCUUAAUGAAGAUAACACCUAACCGCAAUAAAACCAUUACUCGGGUUGACCGUCACCGCGAGCAUUGUGUAUUAUCUAUCCGCCCAACCUACUAUAUCUACCCGCCCGCGGGUCCCUCAUCACCCGAACAUCCGCGAGCAUUAUGAAUUAUCCAUCCGUCCGCGGGUCCCUCAUCGCCCAACCUACUAAAUCUACCCGCUUGCGGUCCCUCAUCACCCGAACAUCUGUGAAUUAUUCGAUAGUCGACAUUUGCCUAUAGAAAUUUAUGGUAAAGACGUAUAAUCCGAUAGUUAACAUAUAUAAUACAUCCCUGAUCAAGAAUAUCGACCAGUAUUACUUUUUCUACACACACGUAUACACCUUGUCCUCUACAAUAUUUUAUUCUCCGCCGUUUUUAUUAGUGUUAUCAUUGUUUCAGUUUUUAUAGUACUUGUUAUAUUUUUUUCUCCUUUCAUUUUAUUUCGAUAUAAAAAUGAAUACAUUCACAUGUACAUUCGUCGAUUGUACUAAAGUUUUUUCCUUGAGACGUAAUAUGACACGCCACGCAAUGAGGAUGCUAAAUUUCAGUGCGCUUUAUGUCAGAAAAUGUUUUCACGUAAAGACAAUUGGGCUACCCACUUUAAAAUUGUUCACCACGAAGGAAGAGUCGCCGCACCGGCUUUCACUCCUCAGGCCGGACCGUCAACCGCCCCGCAGGAUACUGUAGCCCAGACACCUGUCGCCGGCCCAUCGAAAACACAAUGGACAGCGGACGAGGAGGACGAUAAACUUUUUAUGGACAUUGACAACAGUAUAUUUUUUUUAUUUUACCCCGCCACAUAAAUUAUAUUAUAAGUAUUAUAGGUAGCAAACGCCGAAAUUUGCUAAAGUUAUCUGUCAACAGGUUCGCGGCCAGAGUUGCCAAACUGGAAGUCAUGAACCUGCACGUGUCUAUGAACCUAACAGAGAAGUCGCGAUUUAUAUACUUCGAGAACGAUAUAAAUUUUUCCUCGCUGUUAGGUAUCACUGAUACCGAUUUUCAUCACAUCCCAGCCCCCUUACGAUAAAAUUCGCGUCGUAAUUCGUCAGAUUAUGGAGUAGACACGAGAUAAAUUUAGGCGUUUGCAAUUUUAAAUUGCAUGUAUUACACAAUGUUCGCUUAAAUUUACCCGAGAGAUGGCAAUGAUCAGCGACUUUAUAGUUCCCCAACGAGAAACCGGUCUUACACAAAUUGUAGGUGGUUUUCGCCGCAUGCAUAAGUCGUUGAUUUUCGGUCAUGAGCAUGGCUGUAUUAGUUUUUAAAAGAUUGCUGAUUUUUAUGCCUGUUUCCACUAUUUCCCCCAUAAAAUGUUUCACUACGUCCGGUUCAUCUUCUGUUCCACGAUAAAUUAUUGGAGCCGUUGGGAUGUCGAACUCCUCCAAUAACUCUGUUGGGACGUCAUCCGAGGCUUUAACCACAAACCCAUAGCUCAUGUUUUUUAAUUUUUUUCUACUUUCUUCAGUCCAUAAACGAUGACGGAAACAUUGAUAUUAUUUUUCUCUUCGACUUCUCUGUUAGGUUUAUAGACACGUGCAGGUUCAUGACUUCCAGUUUGGCAACUCUGGCCGCGAACCUGUUGACAGAUAACUUUAGCAAAUUUCGGCGUUUGCUACCUAUAAUACUUAUAAUAUAAUUUAUGUGGCGGGGUAAAAUAAAAAAAAUAUACUGUUGUCAAUGUCCAUAAAAAGUUUAUCGUCCUCCUCGUCCGCUGUCCAUUGUGUUUUCGAUGGGCCGGCGACAGGUGUCUGGGCUACAGUAUCCUGCGGGGCGGUUGACGGUCCGGCCUGAGGAGUGAAAGCCGGUGCGGCGACUCUUCCUUCGUGGUGAACAAUUUUAAAGUGGGUAGCCCAAUUGUCUUUACGUGAAAACAUUUUCUGACAUAAAGCGCACUGAAAUUUAGCAUCCUNAUUUUUAUAUCGAAAUAAAAUGAAAGGAGAAAAAAAUAUAACAAGUACUAUAAAAACUGAAACAAUGAUAACACUAAUAAAAACGGCGGAGAAUAAAAUAUUGUAGAGGACAAGGUGUAUACGUGUGUGUAGAAAAAGUAAUACUGGUCGAUAUUCUUGAUCAGGGAUGUAUUAUAUAUGUUAACUAUCGGAUUAUACGUCUUUACCAUAAAUUUCUAUAGGCAAAUGUCGACUAUCGAAUAAUUCACAGAUGUUCGGGUGAUGAGGGACCGCAAGCGGGUAGAUUUAGUAGGUUGGGCGAUGAGGGACCCGCGGACGGAUGGAUAAUUCAUAAUGCUCGCGGAUGUUCGGGUGAUGAGGGACCCGCGGGCGGGUAGAUAUAGUAGGUUGGGCGGAUAGAUAAUACACAAUGCUCGCGGUGACGGUCAACCCGAGUAAUGGUUUUAUUGCGGUUAGGUGUUAUCUUCAUUAAGCACAUACAUGAAAAGGUCUUAUCGUAUAUACGCGUAUAUUAUCCAUAACGGAUACAAUUUAGGUCCAGUAUAAUAAAAAUCGAGAUAAUUAUUGUUUUCGAGUACCUAUAUGUCAUAAUGUUAGUGGUAACUGAUAAUGAAUAUGAUAAUAGCUGCGAACACUUUGCGGUGAUAGUAUGUAUGUGCAUGUAUAGUGGUGGUUAUGGGGUUGGGGCGGCGGCUUCGCGUAAGCGAUCCAAUAGGUAUAGAAAAUAAUAUUCGAGAAAAAAAAUAAUGUUAAUAAAUAAAAAAAGUGGGCGUGGUCAAAAUAGAUCGUCUACUUGGUAGAUGGCAAAAGAUAAAAUUUGAAAAAAAUAAAUAAAGGGGGCGUGGCUAAAGAGGUGGAUGGCUCCUGCUCCCGACUUUGAACCAUCUAUUUGACUCUACUUAAGUAAAUUAUACAUUUCAAAAAAGUACUCAUUUACGAUAUACACUCAAUAGAGUUCACGUAAAUUGGUCCUAUGUAAUUAAUCGUGGUAUAAUUUAUUUUACUAUAAAUAUCAAGGUUUAAACGUAUAAUAUAAAACACAUAAUUAUAUACGUUUUAUACCGUAUAAAAAUAAACAAGUAAUAAAUAAUAAAUAUUUAAUAUACAUUUAUAAUUUAAAGUUCAAUUUUAAACUAACAAUUAUUAAAUUAUUAAAUCACAAUGGUUGUUAAUCUAAAUUUGUAUAUUAUUUAAACUUUGUUUUAAUUAACAGGUGAAAUUGUGAUGCAUAAAUGGAAGAACCUACGUGAUUCAUAUAUUAAAUAUAUGAAGUUUUUAAAAGGAUUAACCGGAUCUGCUAAAAAAUACCAAAAUUGGCCAUGGGCAGCUUAUUUGGAAUUUUUGAAAGAUACAGUAGUUCCUCUAGCAACUACUUCAAAUGUAUCACAGACCCAUGAAAUAUCGCACAUUGAUGAAGCUUAUGAGCAGGAUGAGACUGCAGAUAGCGAAAUUAUUGUAACUUCGCCAUCUCAAAUGCUACCACCUAAAAAAACACCAAAAAGAAAAGAAGUUACAGAAGACGUCGCUGCGGUCAUAACAUAUCUUGAGAACAAAAAAAAAAGCAAAACUGAUACAAAACUUGACCAAAUAGAUAAUUUGUUCUUGUCAUAUGCACAUACGUUCAAGACAUUUUCGCCAAAAAUACAAGUUCUUCUUAAAAUGGAGAUGUCGCAGUUGUUCGGACGAGCUGAACUCAACGAGGUGGACGUUUGUACUUUAACUCGAUCCUCUCCAAUAUACUCUACAACUUCGUCUUGGUCAGAUAGUAACUCAAAUGGAGCUGAUAAUUUCACUGGUAAUAUCAUUCAUCCACCCAAAUAUUCAAACCUACAUCUAAGCACCGACACACCAACCUCGUUACCACUCGGAUCUUACCAGGUUUCUCAGUCAACUCAGACAUAGUAAAAAAUCAUUAAAAUAUAUUAAAUACUACUUAAUACCCCAGGAUUAAUUAAUUUUUAUAAAUAUUUCUUAAUUAAAUACUACUUAAUACCACAAAAUUGUUUUAUUUAUAUUCCUUACCUGUUUGACCGGACCUUUAGUAGUCAUACGGCGGACCGAGUUUCAUAAUAUAUUUUGCUAUUGGCUUUGUUGCUGGAUCCACGUCUCCGAGGUAAAUAAAAAAUAAAAAAAAAUUAAAACCUUAUAAUAAUAAUAUCGUUUUUCACUACGAAGAAUGAUUUUUAAGGGUGAAAGGGUUGAGUAUUAAUACUCUCUUAAAGCCUAUAACCUUCCCGGGGAAAUUCUGAUCAGAAAGCCUCUUCACAAUCGGAUUAACGGUUUAUAGGAACACAUAAGAGACACAGACAAACUUUCACUUUUAUAUAAUAUAGCUAUCGAUUAUAUUACGCGUAUAAAAUAUUACCAACAAUACAUGUUACCUAGAAAAAAAUCCUAUCGCAUUAAUAAAUUGAUGGCGUAUUCGUCAACGUUUACCCCGUUUGGUCUCGUCGAGCGCCGCCACCGGUUUUUUUUUUUUAUACAACGGGCGCACCGCAAACAAACUCCGUUAACGUGGAACGGCCGAAAAGGCCUUUCGGAUCGGUUGAAACGUUUUUCCCGUCGACACUCUCCGAAAACACGGUUUUAUUUUUUAAGGUAAAUACGAAUCAAAUCGUACUUUUCAGCGAUAAACAAUACUACGAAAAACGUUGUCCGACCGUUACACAUUUUUUCAUUGUAUAUCAAUAUUAAAAUAUGUACCCGGGUAGCGAUUUUUUCAUAUUCGGAUGUUUAAUAUAAUAAUACCAAAAAUGUACGGGCUUUUUUUUCUAAGAGCUUUGGAUUUUUUUUUUUAUCGACGACAAAUAUAUAAUAGUCGAAUAAAAAACCAAAAUAACGUGUUAUAAUUAUCGCGCAAUACCGAACGCGAUUUGUUUUUAUUUUUUUUUUUUACAAUUCUCACACGUCUCGAUCGACUUAAAAUAUACCGAAACGUCUAAUAUUAUGUCCCGCUAUAAUAUUAACUGCAAUAUUAUACGGACAUCCAUCACAGAUAAAUACACAAACAUUAUUCCGUAUUCAAUUAUAUAGCGUGUCAGUGCCGGCACGAGGGGUGUGCAGAAAGUGCAAUCACACUGGGCUCCGCACUUUUGAAUUUGGCCCUGGGGCCUCGCGCUUUUAUGGGAUACAUAUACAAAUUUAAAAAUAUUAUAAUUUGCACGGGACUCCGUAAAUCAUAACAACUACAUAUGCCAUACAUAUUUUUUAUUUCACUACCAGAAGUUGCACUACGUACUGACUUGUAAUUUUUUCCAUUUCUGCACUUUUGGUAAUAGUUAAAAAUGAAAAUGAAAAUAAUUAUCAGUUUCUUUCCUUAACCGUUUAGGUUAAGAAGAGAUAAAUUCUUAAAUCAAUUUUUAAAAUUUCAUAUUUUUUAUUAUAUAUUAUAUUUUUAUUUAAAAUAAUUAUGAAUUAUUAUACAAUAAGAAAUGAUUUUAUUUGUCACAAGCAGUGCCAUCUUAAGGAUGCUAAAGAAGUCUUUGUGGGGCUAAACCCCCAAAUCAGUGCUGUAAUGUAUCUUGUAUCUAAAUACUUUCUAAAUUAAUGUAUCAGUAUAGUGUAUAUGGAUCUUAAUCAAAAUAUCUAAAAUACUUUUUAAGAUAAAAUUCUUACUUUUUUGGUUUAACAAAAUACAAAAAUAAAACUUAAAAUUCUAAAAUCUAAUUUUUUUUAAAUAAAAAUAUCAACAAUUUAUUGUUUUUUCGUUAGCAAUGGUUAAUAGUUGCGUACAGAUAUACAUUAAAUUUCCCCUCUACUUUCUCAACUUAUCACCUACAACAGUGGCUCAUUCAUCGUGUGAAGUAUGCCCGUUUGUAAACAAUUUUCUAAGAAUUAUUUAUUUAGUUUAAAUAAUUAUACUUUUAAGUUACAUUCACUUAGUCACAUUUUAAGCAAUUGUUAAAUGAUACAGACUCUAAAAUGCUUACAUUUGUUACCACUAAAUUUUAAGUUAAAAAUGGUUUGUUUAUAUUUAUAGAAUUUCUUAGAAUAAUUAUUAAAAUGAUUCUCAGAUUCAGUAAUAGCAAACAACAAUAUAGUAAUGUAGUAGGAUUCUAUUGCAAAGGAUACAUUAAUAUUCAUGUCAAAAACUCGCAGUAUUCAUAAAAUUCAGAUAGUACAGAUAAUCUGAUUUCUUGUUUCGUUCAGAAUCUAAAAUAUUUAUAUAACUUAAUUUAAUAGAUUUGUAAAUGACUAAAACUGGAGUAUGUUUAUAACUUCAAACAUUUAUUAAUUAUUUUUCAGGACUUUAGUUUUAAAUUUACGUUUCUCUUGCAACAUUCGAAUAUGCUUUCCUGGUCUUUUUCGUUUUUUUGUAAUUAAUUUUUCAUUUUCUGGUUUACGACUCAUAACGGAACCUGGGUUUUCAACGAGUUCUUCUUCUGACUCACUGAAACUAAAUUUUUUUUUUUUUGUAUAUAUAUAUAUAUAUAUAAUAUGUUAUAACUCUUAGGCAAUAUUUAUUAUUAUUUACCUGUAAUUAUUUUCUAGUAAAUUAUCUAAGCUUUCAGGUAGUUUGAAGUUUGGUAGCGAUUCAGUUUCAGCCAUCUUUAAUUGAUUUACUAAAGGUCUAAAGUGUUUAUAUGAGUGUGAAAAUGAUUUAUACAAUGAUUUAGUAAGUAUCCAAACUCUGCUAACCAUAGCAAGGGCCAUGUUCAUUUCUAACCAACAUUGUCCAUUUUGGAACACUUUAACUAUAAGCUGGGCUAUUGCUUCACUAAAUUGCUGCAAUUGACUAAUUAAAUUUGUAGCCAUUAAAAUGCGAGUACCAGCCCAUAAACCACAUUGUUUUGAAGGCAUCCCAUUUUCGAAUGUUGAUAAUAAAAUAAAUAUAACCUCAGAUAUAUUAAGUUUAUAUAAUUUUUUUAUUACAACAGAAAUCUAAAAUUGUUUCAAACAAAAUAAAAUACAUUAAAUAAAAAUAGUAUUAGUUUACCAAAUAUUUAAUACUUCUAAGAUAUUUAUAAAUUACUUGUUUAAGACGUCUAAAAAGUUUCUCUCCUCUAAAUUUUUUUUUUACUUUACAGCACAUUCUAGAAAUAAGUGCACCUUCAUCGAAUAAUUUACUUAAAUCUGCCUGAUUUAUAGGUAAUUGUUUAAUAAUUUUUUGCAUAUUACAUAAUUUCUCUGAAAAAUAAUUUUUACUAUUAUUGUUAUUCAAAUUUCCAGUAGUUUACCACACACCAAUAUCUCAAUGCAGUGAAAAUAAUAUAAAUUAAGAGGGGGAGGAGAUCUUAAUAAUUAGAUACAUUUUCCAUAUUAUAAUGUCAAAGGAUAGUACUGGCAUAUUAUUUAUUAAUUUUCAACACUACAAUAUUUUGAGUAGUAGUAGUUUAUUGAUUACUAAGUUCUAGUAAGUAGGUACCUAUUUAAUGUAAUUACAAUUUACAAAUGUUAAUAACAAUUCAAUUUUUACAUUUUUAUUUAAAAUUUUGUCGGCUUAUUUUCCAAAAUUUGGCAACUGAAAAUUGUGCUAAAUUGUGAUUAUGAAUAUAAGAGUAAAUUUCUCUAGAUUGUGAUGGUAUUCGAUAAAAAAAACGUUGAAUGUAUUUUACUUAAAAAUGAUACAUAUUAGCGGCUAAUUGCAAGCUGUUGACACUGAUUAAAUAAUUUCCAUCAUAUGGCUAUAUAUUCCAAAGGCACACCCUGAUUUUUUUUUUUGGGGAGGGGGGCAGGUUAAUAUAUUAUUUUUAAAUAGUUAAAAACUAAACUUUAUUAAAGAAUUUAGCGAUAAUUUAAAGAAAAAUAACAACUUUAAUUAUAACUAAAACAAUUGUUUAAAAAUAUGCCAGUCUUUGGUAGUAUUAGAUUAAACUUGUAUGACUUUAAAUUUCUUUUUCAUCACAUAGCAAGUUAUAACAAUAUAAGAUACCAAGAUCUUGUAAUAAAUAUCAAUAUAAUAAUUAUUUUUAUAAAAUUGUAUGACAAUAAUUAAAAAGUGACUUUAAGUAACCAAAAUAAAAAAAAAGACUUAAAUUUGAAAAGUGAUCAACCUCCAUCUCUGCAUUAGCUGGUGUCAAUUAUUACAAAAUAGUGAAAUUUUGCCGCAAGUUUUGCAAACGAUUUUAUAUUUUAUACAUUAAAAUAUAAUAUUAUGCUUUAUUCAAACCUUUAUUUAUGGUAGCUCGAAGACUAAUUGAUUUCGGUUUAUUAUGAACUACUUGAUAACAAGAAUUAAUCAUCAUAAUUAUAAUUUAAAAUGUAUUAAAUCAACAGAAUUACACCAAUUGUUCAACACUUUAUUUUUAAUUUAAAUACAUAAACAUUCGUAUCUUAACUAGAGGGUAGGAGAGCCAAUUGUUCAAAAAUAAUAAAGAUUAAUAUUAACGGGCCGAAAGCGUAAUUUGUAAACCUAUACACCGUCCCAAAACAUCGAGGACCGCAUGGGGAACAUAGAUAAUAAUGUUAUUAUCUGACGAGCGCGGCGGGCCUAUAAUAUUUGUUCUAAUGACCACAUUUUGUCCGCGGCAACGAUCUUGUGUAACCGAAUAGGUUAUUGGUGGGAGGUGCGCGCUGCCGGACGAAAACCGGUCGCUGCCUGGUGGCUUCUCUUUUGGAUUGAAGUAUAUUAUCUUAGAUAUCAUAUACUAUGGAUUCCGCAUGAUAAACGAAUUGUACGUACACAUUAUUAUUAACGAAUAACAAGUGCCAAGGGAACCGAUGAAUAUUGCGCAUGCGUAUCAGUACUAAUCGCAUAUUUAUCGUAUAAUCAUUAUACCACCAGGCAGUGGGGACAUUACCAGUUGGCGGAAAUUGAUGAGAGAUUUUUUUCUGAUUCAGUUUGAAAUAUUGCCAACAUUGAACAACAAAAUGUUUGCGUAGACAUUUUCACUAUCAAAAAAAAAAAAAAAUUUCAAUAAUGUAUUUAUUUUUUGCUUCGAAUAUUUAGUCAAUAGCAUAGAUACUAUAUACAUGGAUGGAACAUAUUAUGUAUACAAGUGUGAUCGAAGAGCAUACUCGUUACCUAAGUGGGUAAAUAUAAUUAAGGUGUAGUAUCACCCAUAAGUGAUAACAAAAAACGCAAUUUUUGGCGCGCACCAAAUUACCAAAAUCAAACAUUCGGAAAAUAAAAAUAUUAUUUAUUAUUUGCAUUAAAUUGCGUAUAAUUUCAUUCAAACAUUUACAUUUUAUUUGUCUGAAAAAUAUUAAAUACAAAAAAAUAUAACAUUGAAACAAUUAGAUAUAUUAAUGGUGUUUGGAUAAAAUUAAUUUGGUGUACUUAUAUCUAAUUUUUAAUUGUUCAUUAAUUUUUUUUAUAUUUUAUAUAUUAUCUAUUGUCAAUAACUCUAUCCAUAGUAUAAGAGUAUUUAUAUUUUUAAUCUGUAUAUUUGAAUAUCAAAGAAUAACAUUAAUCACACUGAUAGUCACUAGAUAAGAUUAUGCAUUAUACCGCCAAAAUAUCAAUUUUUAUUUCUGUACUUACUGCUCAUGACUUAAUGAGAAUAUGAGAUAUUUUGUGCAUAGUACAAAUUAAAAUAUAUAACAACUAAACACGGUACAAAAGUGUUGUAUUUGCAGAUCAUAACGAUCAAAUGAGAUCACAUAACACGGGUAAGUAUUUAUCCAAAUUAAAGAUUUUUAUUUUGUUACACAUAAAAUACAUGACCAGAGCCGAUACACACCGGAUCAUUUAGAAUCUAUAUGUAAUGUACAUGGCAAAUUAAAUUUGUUAUGGUUAUUUACCUGUUUUUUAAAAUAUAUCUAUUCAGUAUGAGAGGGGGCAAUAAAAAUGUGAGUUCAUUUUCAAAAAUGAAAAAACGAACAACUUGGAUUCAGUCAAAAUUUAGAACGAUUCUACUGAUUUUUAAAAUUUUUUUUUUCAAAAUAUGUGUUUUUGGGUAUACAUUAAGAAUGUAAAAAAAAAAGGUCGAACGAUUUUCGUUUGGAAGUUACAGGGGAAAACUUCAUGAAUUUCGGAUUUUCCGUUUCGUGUAUUUCUCAGUUAAAAUUUAACAUUUACAAAUUUUUUUUUUUCAAAACGUGUUUAUUUAAUUUUUUUUAUUUAUCCAUUGAUAUAAUCACAACAAUAUACUUUUGAAAUUAAUGUACAUUAAUCUUGAAAAAUAACAUUUUGAAUAUACCUAGAAACUUGGUGGGGUCACUCAUUCGCUGCCCUUGGACUGUUUUAAUCGAAAAUUACCCUCGAUUUGUUGUACAAAACCAUGAUUAAUUAUGAAAAUGUUGUUUUUCAAGGAUUAUGUACAAUAAGGUUAGGUUAGGUUAGGUUAGGUAUGUUUGCACCACAGAUUAUAUGAUCUAAGGACCAAGGUUCUUUGUAACAACGAAUUUUUUGGGUACCUAACCGUGAUAUAAACGUUACAGUCUUUGCGUAGAUUUUUAGGUUAUAUUAUUUUAUGUAAAAUAAUCACUGUUGUUUGUGUUAACCCGCUGUUUGUAAACUAUAAAGUUUAUUGAUAUGAAAAUCAAAUAAUUCCAUGUGAUCACUAUAAUGUAUUAAUCGGGAUGUAUGACUGUAUAUUAAGAGAAUGAAUGACUGCGUGUGUUGAAUUAUACCAAUUUCAAAUAUUAAACUGUUUUAAAUUUUGAAAAUUGUACGUUUUCUAUGAAUAAUAUCAUAAAAUUAUGAUUUACUAAAUCGAUGAUGGAAGUAUUAUAUUAACAUUAUUAAAUGAAAAGUUUCAGUUAAUUUUGUUAUUAAUCUGAAUACCUAUUUAUUUUAAAUUAACCAUUAUUAAUUUUGGUUGUAAUCAACUAUGUCUAAAGUAAGUCAUUCAUGUUAAGAACCAACUUUAAUUGAGUUUCAUAUACUUUUCUGAUAACCUUCAAUUUUUAGCUUAGUAGAAUUGUUGAUAUAAAAUAUAAUUUUCUUUAUGUGCCUUCAACGGAUUAGAGCUAGUUAAUGAAAUCUAUUUUUUGAUGUAGGAUAUACGAUCAUAUUUUAUCACUGGAGGCAGUAAGCAAGAAAAUUUAAAUAAAAUAAAUUCACAAAGUAAAAAAAAAACCAAUAAAAGACUUAUACUAUCUAGUGAUGAAGAAGAUGAUGUGGAACCUUGUGGUUCAGUUAUACCACAGCAAAACACAUCUGAAAAACGAGUUUGUAUUAAUCCAAUUGAUGUAUUUGGUUCAAAGCCAGUUAAACAAAACCCAAUUAACGUGACUAAGCCUAAAAAAAAAAUCAAAGUAAGUAGGAUGAAUAUGUAGCCUUUAUUUUUUUCGAACAAAAAUUGAUUUGAUAUAUUUUCUGUAUAAAUUAAGUUUAGCUCCCAUGCAAUUUUUUUUAACUAGGACACUGUUUCUGUAGCUCUUCCUAACUGUAUCAUAUCUGGAUUUAGCUUAAGUUCUAUUUUCCCACCCUUCUAAGAAAGCACACAAGAUGUAAGCAAAGCCACAUACUAGAUAUAGUGAGCGCGUAAUUUGGAUUUAGUUAUACGUUAUUUUAUAUAAACUUAUUUAAAUUUGCCUACAAAAAAUAAUCAAAAGCAAUUGUAACAUUUUUUUCAAAAAAUUGGAAAAUCUGGGUUUCUGAAAAAAUUUUUAAAUAUUAUGUGGGCACUAAACUAAAUAUGUUUUUUUUAAACUACAACUAGGAUAAUCACAUUGAACAAGAUAUUGAUAUUGAAUGGAGUGAACUAGAUAGCGUUGAAAAACAGUUCCUAGACAUAAAGUCAAAUGAUGUACUUCCAUCUAAAAUCUCUGAAAAAUCUCCAAUUACAUCAAAUCACUCUACUAUUACACCAAACACUUCUCCAGAUAAUCUCAAAAAAAAAGUUCCAACACAGAAGCUUUCACCAGAUAAAUCUAUUUCAUCCAACUCAUCUCCAAUUAAAGGAACACAAGUAUUGUUAACGCCGCAAAAAUCAAAUAGUCCUUUGAUAUUGCCAAAGAAAAAAAGUGUAUCAGAAAAUAGUACAUGCAAUAUUAAAGUUGAAUCUCCAAAAAAACAAUUUAAUUUCAAUGAAAAAGACAAAAAUAUUGUGAAUACAAAUUUUAAAAGAAAAAUUUCACCUACACUGACCCCUGAGAACAAAAAAUUUAAAGUUAAUUUAGAACAAUCCCCUAAUACUCAGGUAAUUAAUACAAUUAUACAUUUAUUUUUAAAUUAUUUAAUAGUUUAUAAUAAUUUUAAUUUUAGGAAAGUGGAUAUUCAACAGAAUUGUCCCCAAUAAGACGUACUGCAUCUCCUAUUAUUGAAAAUAAUGUUGAAUCAAAACUUUGGGUAGAUAAAUAUAGACCAUUAACAUUAAAACAAAUUAUUGGUCAAACAAGUGAAAAAAGUAAUGUAAAUAAAUUAUUAAAUUGGUUAAAAUGCUGGUACUCUAAUCAUGGAGUUGGAGUAAAUAAAAAAUUAACUAGACCAAGUAAGUUAUUUAGCAAAUAUUAUAAUAAAUAAAUUCCUUAUUGUUUUAUUAUAAUUUUUUAAAGGUCCUUGGGCAAAAGAUGACAAUGGAGCUUAUUUCAAAGCUGCUCUACUUUCUGGUUCUCCUGGUGUUGGUAAUUAUAAAACUUAUUUGUCUUGUUUAUGAAUUGUUGUUUAUAAUUAAUAUUGUUUAUAGGAAAAACUACCACAGCUCAUUUGGUAUGUAAGGAAUUGGGUUAUGAUUUUGUAGAAUUCAAUGCUUCAGAUACCCGUUCUAAGAAACAACUUCAAAGUCAUGUGUCUGAACUUUUAUCUUCAACUUCAUUAAGCCCUUUUUUGAAUGGAAAAUCUGUUACAAAAAAACAUGCACUAUUAAUGGACGAAGUUGAUGGUAUGGCUGGCAAUGAAGAUCGAGGAGGUGUACAAGAAUUAAUUUUAUUAAUUAAAAAUGCAAAAUGCCCAGUAAUAUGUAUGUGUAAUGAUCGAAAUCAUCCAAAAAUACGUACAUUAUCUAAUUAUUGUUUUGACCUACGAUUCCAUAAACCAAAAUUGGAACAGAUCAAAGUAAGAACAUUUAAUAAUUUUAUUCCAUCAACUUGCUUCUUAUAAUAUAUUUCAGGCUGCCAUGAUGAGUAUAUGUUACAAAGAAAAAUUAAAGAUUCCUCCAGAUACUUUAUCUUCAAUUAUUGCCAGUACAGAUAAUGAUAUUAGAUUAACACUUAAUCAUUUAUCAGUUGUUGCAGCAGGAAAAGAUAAUUUAAAUAUAAACAAAAAAUAUAUUAAAAUGGUAAAGUAUAAUUUAUGUUGAAUAUAUUUCUUUAUAUUUUAUUUAUAUGUGAUUUUGAUAAUCCGUUUGAGCGUGCUAUGAUAUGUUGUUAUUUUACCCAAUUAAAUAAGUUCACAGUCCAAUUGAGCGUGAUUGUUAAAUUAUAUGCAUGUAUAAUAUCAUCUUUCUGUAUGUAAGAUAUAUAUUUUUUUUCUCAUGUCAGAUGACAUAUUUAUAAUUAAACAUUUAAUAACUUGCAACAAAACUAGAAUGAAAUAGAUUAUGUUCAUAUUAAUACAUAAUCUGGUAACAUUAUAUUGGCUAUAUGUUUUCUUUUGCCCUAGUAUUGAGCUUCAUUUACUGUUUUUUGAUAUGCUUAUUAUCAGAUCAUCUUAGUCUUACCCACAAGUAGUGAUAAUGAUUUUUCGAUUGAAGUCAAGGAAGUCUUUCUUGAAGAUAUUUGAAAAGUUAUCAAAAACACCCUCACAAUAUGGAGUAUCCAAGUGCAAUAAAUAACUAAUGGACAUGGCUAAUAAAAAUCAGAAAAGCAGAUGGUCUUAUAAGUAAAAUUACCCCCUGGUUAAUAUGAAGAACACAGAAUAGACUGUGUGUUGGAUUUCAAAAGAAAAUAUGCGAACAUAGAAAUGUAGUGUAACAUUUGAAAAUACUUAUAUUUUUUGAAUUAAAACAUAUUUAGCCAUCAUUCUCCUGUACAUAGUGUAUAAUGCACACGCAUAUAAUUUUUUUUACAUUUAUUUUGAACAUACCAAAUAAUGUAAUAACUUCAAUUUUACCCAAGUUCAGUUUGUGAUGAAAGAAUAAAAAGUAAAUUUAUUUAUUUUUAUAUUUUUUGAAGGUAAACACCUAUAAACCUAAGAUUAGGUUUAUAAAAAAAACCUAAUCCUUUAUGUAUCUAUAAUUUUAAAAAAUCGAAAUGACAACACUCAAGUGACACAUUUAAUUUUAUUAUUUUAUUUAUGAAACUGAUUAUUAAACAUAAUACCUGUAUUUAUUUAAUUAUUUUCAAAUAUUUAGCACAUGUAGGGGAAAGUUCACAUAAUAAAUUGUAUUAUAUAUGAAAAAAGUUUUUAUGUUCAAAUAGGUUAGAAUACGCACUCAAAUAAUAUAUGGUUACUUUAGGGUAAACAAAACUCAAUUGGGUGCCAAUCAUUUACGUAAUAUAUUUUCAGGGACCAUGGGAUGUUUUGCGAAAAGUUUUUUCCGCUGAAGAACAUAAGUCAAUGAAUAUUAAUGAAAAAUGUGAUCUUUUUUUUUAUGACUAUAACAUAUCACCAUUAUUUGUUCAAGAAAAUUAUUUAUCUGCUGUUCCUCAUAAUAUCAUGUAAUAUUCACUUCCUACUUUUUAGAUAAAUGUUUUAUUAUAUUUUGUUGGAUUUCAUUUUCAGAGGUCCUGAAUGGAAAAAAUUAGAACGAUAUUCAUUAGCGGCUGACAGUAUAAGUAUAGGAGAUAUAGUUAGUUCAAAAAUUAGAUCUACUAAUAAUUGGAGCUUACUUCCAGCACAAGUAUUUACAUUUUAUUUACCUUAUAACAACUGAAAAUAAUAAAUAUACUGAAAGUAAUUUUAAAAAGGUAUAAUAGAGUAAUUAUUUAUUAUCUAUUAUACUAAAUAUAUAUUAAAUAAUAUAUUUACUUGUUAAAAAAUAAUUGUAACUUAAUACAUAAAUUUAAAGCUAUGAUAAAAAUGGUCUUUUUUUGUUUUUUUAGGCUAUAUUUUCAAGUUAUGGUCCAGGUGAAUUUUUGAGUGGUCAUAUAAGUAAACAAAUCAAUUUUCCUGCGUGGUUAGGGAAAUUUUCCAAAGGGAAUAAAAUGAACAGACUUUUACAAGAAGUACAAAUCCAUAGUAGAAUAAGGUUAGUGUAUAAAAUUAGUAGAACUCUGAUUUCAAUGCAAAGUUCAUUUAGAGUACUUGUUAACAUUUUUUUGGUUAUUUUGUUAGUUUCAAGUGCAUAUGUAUGUACAAUACAAAUUAAUAGUUAAAAUUUUGAUAACACAAAAUAUUAUUUCAAAAAACUUUUUUUACGUGAAAUUUGUUUUAAUUGGGUUUAGGUAUUUGUCAUUAAUACAGAUUAUCAAAUGUUUUAUUAAUGAUUUUGAUUUGUCUUAUCUUUAUUAAUGAGUUNACUUAGAUCUUUUCAAUUGUUUUUAAGACAUUUAAAUCCGGGUUCCAAUAAUUAUUUAUUAGUUUAUAUGUGAUACCAUUGAUUAUACAAAUAUUCAUAUUUUAUAUAUUAUAAUCAAUGAUUAUACUAAGAUAAAUUUGUUAAUGUUGUAUUCAGAUUAUCUGCAAGUAAAGAAGCAAUAAAUCUCGAUUACUUAACUACUUUGCGAGAUUCAAUUCUUAAGCCUCUUAUUAAUGAAGGUAGUGACGGUGUGAAGAAAACUUUAGAUUUUAUGAAUCAUUAUCAUCUUGUGAAAGAUGAUGUAGAAUCUCUUAACGAGUUGUCUUUAUGGCCAGGAAAUAAAGAUCCUAUGUCCGACAUUCCUUCUAAAGUAAAAAGUGCUUUUACAAGAAUGUACAAUAAAAGUGCACCAACAUUUAAUGUAUCAAAAAAAAUUAAGAAAACUGUUCAGGAUGAUGUUUUGUUAGAUAAUGAUGAUAUAGAUGUUAUUAGUGAUGAAGAAGAGGAUGAUGAUAUUACUAACGAUGCCUUAAUUUCAAUGGUUAGUAUAUUCAAACUUUUGGUAUAUAUUUUUUACAUAGUUAUAUUAUUUAAAUUGUUUAACUUUUAGGUGAAAAAAAAAUCUGCUAAAAAAGGUGCAACUUCACCUCCUCCUGAAGCAAGUAAAGUUAAAAGUAGUAAAGGUGGUGGUGGAGGGAGAAAAAAAAAAUAA